UUCCGACGUCACGUGCAUCGGAGGCGGGCGGAGUGAUACAUCGUGUGCGGAUCGGCCGCUCUCGCAGACUCGCAGUGCCGGCUUUGUUGGAUUUCGAGCGCAUCUGGUGCCAGCGCUGCGGCUUCGUGUCGGAUAUCCCUGUAGUGCAACGAAAACAACGCUUCGGAAAUGUCUUGGCAGGCGUACGUCGACAACCAGAUUUGUUCACAGGUCAACUGCACAGUGGCUGCAAUCGCUGGCCUCAACGAUGGAGUCAUUUGGGCGAAAUUUGAAAAGGACUGUGUGAUCACGCAGCAGGAGCUGAAAACCAUCGCCGACACGAUGCGGACCAACCCUAGUGCUUUCAACGAGACCGGCAUCCACCUUGGCGGCCAGAAGUACGUCUGCCUAUGCGCCGAAAACAACUUGGUCCGGGGCCGAAAAGGCAGCUCGGCGUUCAUCGCCGUCGCCACCAACACCUGUCUGCUGGUAGCUGCCACCGUUGACGGCUUCCCCCCUGGUGUGCUCAACACUGUGGUCGAGAAACUAGGAGACUAUCUGAAGCAAAAUAACUAUUAGUUUUACAAAGCAAAGGAAAGCGCUGUCUGCCACGAAGUCGCUCGUGCCGCCUUCUCCCCCUUGUCGAUCCUGCUGUCGCCACCAUCUCCGGUGCCACUUUCCUUCCUGCCUCCUUCCCCAAUGAUCGAACCAUCCAAGAUGCCAGCGUGAAGCUGUCUACUGAAGCACGCAGAAGCUCCACAUGUCUGGCCACCUGAAACUUCAGUUUCGCACCACCCAAACCUUAAGAUUCACUUCCUUCUCUCGCGAGCACUGUUAACCCAACACGUCCGUGAGUUUUGUGCAGUCCCGCUAUUAUUGUUUCCAUGAAGAGGGAGGCGGUGUGCAACAGCGAAAGAGAGGACUCCAUCACUUCUUGCCUGCAUUCGUUGGCACAUUUUUAAUUGUGAAUUGUAAUCUCUUCUUUUUUUUUUCAUGCGUUACAAUUUUUUUUCACCUCCUCCUCUUCAAUGUUUUUAGGUGGGUCGGGGAAACAAUUGUGCGUUAAAUGGUGAAAGCUGUUCAAGCGGCUGAACACCAGUGUUGCGCCAAAUGCACCGGUUGGAAUAAAUUCCAGUGUUGGUGAACUUAUACCGAACGUUUUUUUUUAUGCACACAUGUUGAGAGGUGGACAGGUGCUAUUAAAUUAUUUUGUGCUGUUUCUCUUCGUCCUUGUUUGGUUUUUCUUUUUUUCAUACUUUUUGCUAACAUGUUCUCCUAAGCGCUAGGGAUUGGUGCUGAGAUGGAUGGAAAUUUGGCCAAAAAAAUGAGGCAUUUUCCUUCCGUAUUGUGCCGACUGAUGCGCCAGACAUGCUUUGAAACCUAGUGCCAUUUCAAAACACUUCCCUGUCGCAUGAACACUAUACAGUUUUCACCCCUUAAAACACAUUCAGUGCCGUGUAUACUGAGAGCCUAGUCAAGGAAGCUGUGUGGCGGGGUUUCAUACAUUUUUAUUGGGGAUGUAUGGAUGAGAACAGUUUCAUGCAUGGUGCGGAGUGAUUGCCGGUCAGUUCAUACAGGGGACGCCAGCUUCUGGCAAAUGCCUCUGGGCAAGUUUUUUUUUUUUCUCCGUCUAUUUAGAGGCCGGCUUUUUUCCAGGUUGUUGUUGCUGGCAUUCAGUGGCAUUCGUAGGCAAUUUGUUCUCCUCGUUCAUGGCUGUGAGCAAUAUGUGCUCUUUUGCCUUGUUGGUGUGGCAUGUUUGUAAAGUCAAAGCUCCCUUUGCGAGCUGUAGUUUGGAUGGAAUCCAUGGUGCUGGAUAAAAGAGAAGCUAAUGUCUGUCGCUGCUCAAGCUGAGGGCCACACUCAAUGUCUUGCAGUGACUGCUGGUGGUGCAAGACUUUUUUUUUUUCUCUUGUCUGGCCCGAAUCGCGCAUCGGGAGUAACUGUGCCGAACAAAUUUUUUUUAUCCCUCUUUAUUUUUUGGAAAAAAAAAGUUCUGGCACAUUCUCAGUGGCCAGGGAAAGUCUUCUGGAGCCCAAGGAGAGUUAGCGUGGCUGUGACGAUGGCAUGAGGGCUUCGGAAGUUCUUUGAUGACUUAACAAUUUUGUUUUAUAUGCGGGAAUAAAGGAAUGAUAGUGACAUUGAA